AAGCGACCGAGCCCUUCCCUACCACUGGAUAAUAAUCCACCGCCAAAUGCUCGCUUCUCCCCUCAUCAAACGCUGCCUGCUCUCACUCUCACUAAAACCCCUCCCCCCUCCUCGCUCCCGUCACCGCCUUCUCUCCUCCAUGUCGAUUCCCGUCACCGCCUCCGUCAAAAAGCCCAGCCUCCGCGGCGUCGUCUUCGACAUGGACGGAACCCUAACGGUCCCCGUCAUCGACUUCGCCGCGAUGUACCGGGCGGUGCUCGGCGACGACGCCUACGCUUCGUUGGGAUCGGGGGGCGUCGACAUCCUCCAUCACAUCGAGACGUGGGGCCCGCUCGAGCAGCAGAAGGCGUACGAGACCAUCGCCCUGUUCGAGCGCCAGGGCCUCGAUCGCCUCCAAAUCAUGCCAGGCGCUGUGGAGCUCUGUCACUAUCUCGAUUCGAGGAGCAUUAGAAGGGGAUUGAUAACGCGAAACGUCAAGGUUGCGGUUGAUUUUUUUCAUCAACGGUUUGGGAUGGAGUUCCACCCAGCAUUGAGUAGGGAAUUUCGUCCUUAUAAGCCAGAUCCUGCUCCGUUGUUGCAUAUUUGUGAAGCUUGGGAUGUCCCCUCGCACGAAGUUCUAAUGAUUGGUGACAGCCUUAAAGAUGAUGUGGUUUGUGGAAAGCGAGCAGGAGCUUUUACAUGCUUGCUUGAUGAAAGCGGGAGGUAUGGCCCUAUUGAUUCAUUGACAGAUGAUACGAGACCAAAUUUUAAGGUCUGUUCUCUCUCUGAAGUAAUUUCACUGCUCGACGCCCAUUUCGAUUUGGUGUCGGACGUUCAAAAAACGGAUUGAAGAAAUUGAUAAGAAUUGUGAUGAUUUAUUGUGCAAAUCUGCUAGGCCUAAGAGCUUCUGGUUUACAUGUUGUAUAGGAUGAUUUGAGCAGAUAUUGAGUGAAAUCUUCCUGAGCUUUCAGUAUGGAUUUUGUAAAUUGUUCUGGUCUCUAUUUUUGUUUAGAAAUUCUCGCUGAACCGUUUACCGCAGUAAA